AUGGAUACUCCUUUGGAAGCUACUACUCGUCUGAAAAAGAAAGAUGGUGAUCCUAUUGAUAAGGGACAUUAUCAACAGUUGAUGGGAAAAUUGAUUUCUCUCUCCCAUACUAGACCGGACAUUACAUGUGCAGAAAAGGGAUUCUCUUGUCAACGCAAUCAUCUUCGUAUUGCAGCCUACACUGAUGUUGAUUGGGGUGCUAAUCCUGAUUGGAAAUCUACUUCAGGUUAUUGUACGAUUGUAGGAGGUAAUCUUGUCGCAUGGCGUAGUAAGAAACAGAAUGUUGUGGCAAGAUCUAGUGUUAAGAGUGUCGUGCUAUGGCCCAAGGAAUCUGUGAGUUAUUGUGGCUUCAAAGUUUAUUCCAAGAUCUUAGUGGUUCUGUUCAUCGUCUAA